AAACAUUUACAACAAACCGCGGCUUUAAACAAAAAAAAAAAAAAAUGAAUGCAUAGAAAAAUAGAGGAAUUGCAUGAUAAUGACAACAGCCCAUGUGAGCAUCUCGCCCCACACUAUAUACAUACACACCCACCACUCCUUCCUUCACCCCCCAAUCCUCACUCUCUCACACACACUUGGAAUUCCUUGGCAGAUCUCUUAAAUGGCGAGAAUUUUGCUGCUGCUUUUAGCUGCGUGCGUCGUUCCGGCCAUCGUCACCGCUCGUUUCGUGAGCGAGUCGUUCCAUGUGCAGGGCUCUGUCUACUGCGACACCUGCCGCUGCGGCUAUGAGACCGACGCCACUGAGUAUAUGGCCGGUGCCACCGUGAGAAUCGAGUGCCGCAGCAAGGACUCCGAUAAGAUCACCUACUCCACCGAGGCCGUGACCGAUCACAGUGGGCGUUAUGCAGUCGAUGUGGCGACUGACUGUGGUGACGACGUCUGCGACGCCAUCCUGGUGAAGAGCGCGAACCCUGAGUGCGCCACCCCGAAUGCCGGGCGCGACCGUGCCCGCGUCAUCCUCACCCGCAACAACGGCAUGACCUCCAACAUUCGAUACGCCAACAACAUGGGAUUCCUAAAGAAGACGGCUUUGCCCAACUGCGCACAGAUCCUCCAGAAAUACCAAGAAACAGAGGAAUUUUGAAACUUCUUCUUUCUCACUUGCAUCCAUCCUAAGUUAGUAGUUUGAUUGUUUCAUCUGUUUUGAGAUGAUGGUGUUGUGUUGUGUUAUGUGUAAUUUUGUGCUUCGUCACUUAAAUGUGGCAUCCACGAUUACAAUAUUGCAAUAGUUACUCGCUAUUGUUGAUGCC